ACACGGAAGUACAGUACUGUACGUGCUGAAGUUUUAGAUUUAUAAACGUGGUAAACCUACCUAAAUAAAGCCAACAACAAUGAAAUGUUGGUACAGUUUAACAGCUGUGAGAUACAUUUUACGAUAAAAACCAAAAGCAGUAGGUUUCAAGAGGAAAUAAUCACUUUUUUCCUAAAUUUUUACUCUCCUUAACACUACAGCUAUGGAGCUGGGAUCUUCUGUGGCGGCCGUGAGGAGCACUAGAGUAUUUCUGGGAGACCAACAAGUCGGACCGGCCGUCAUUCUCAUACGGGAUGGGAAAAUCCACCAAUUGAUAACAGGCGGGGAUGUUCCCAAGGAUGUGGAGGUGUUGGACGCAGGCGAUAGCGUAGUGAUGCCAGGAAUCGUGGACUGUCACGUCCAUGUCAAUGAGCCGGGACGCACCACCUGGGAAGGGUUCUGGACGGCCACUAGGGCGGCGGCAGCGGGAGGCGUCACUACCAUUGUUGACAUGCCGUUAAAUAGUAUCCCUCCGACCACCACGGUUGCUAAUUUCCAAGAAAAGCUACGGGAAGCUACAGGGAAAUGCUUCGUGGACACCGCCUUCUGGGGGGGUGUUAUUCCUGGUAAUCAGUUGGAGCUUCAGCCACUAAUCCAAGCCGGGGUUGCCGGCUUCAAGUGUUUCCUGAUCCACAGUGGUGUAGACGAGUUCCCCCACGUUAACCAAGGAGAUCUGCAAACUGCCAUGGAGCAGCUGAGAGGAACAGGAAGUGUCCUAUUGUUUCACGCCGAGAAGGAAGUGCAAGACACCAGCGAGAACAAUGGCGACCCGCAGCAGUACAACACCUUCCUGCAGUCUAGACCCGACAUCAUGGAAGUGGAGGCCAUCCGCAGCGUGAUAGAACUCUGCACCGAGUACCAGGUGCGGUGCCACAUAGUCCACUUGUCUUCGGCUCAGUCACUGCCGCUCAUCCAGGAGGCCAAGAAGGGCGGUGCCCCCCUGACGGUGGAGACCACACACCACUACCUGAGUCUGAGUGCGGAGAACGUACCAGCUGGGGCCACGCAGUUUAAGUGUUGCCCGCCGAUUAAAACGGCUCACAACCAGGAUCAAUUGUGGGCGGCACUGAAGGCAGGCUACAUUGACAUGGUGGUAUCAGACCACUCCCCCUGCACGCCGGAUCUGAAGAAACUGGACUCUGGGGACUUCACUCAAGCCUGGGGAGAGAUUUCUUCUCUGCAGUUUGGCUUGCCUCUGUUCUGGAGUUUGGCUAGUAGGAAAGACUUUCAGCUGGGGGACGCUGUGCGUCUUUUGUGCCAGAAUACGGCACAGCUGUGUGGUCUGAGCCAGCAGAAAGGGAGCUUGACACCGGGAUACGACGCUGACCUGGUCAUAUGGGACCCUGAAAGACAAUUUGAGAUUAAAGAAGAAAGCAUACAUCAUAAAAACAAGUUUUGGGUGUGUAUGUGUAUAGAUCACGCCAUACCUGGGAAUGUCUCUGCAAGGCGUGGUGAGAUCCACAAUAGUGAGAGGAUGUCUGGUAUACCGUGACGGCUCCUUCAGUACCGAGCCGUUGGGGAAGACUCUCCUCGUAACCCCGAGGAACACCUCCCAUGGUGACGCUUGAUUAAUGCAGGCGUCGGAACAAAGUCAUGUCACAAGUAUUUGAGGAAAUAUUAUGCAAAAAGUAUUUAUAUACAAACAUUUAGAUGUAGUUUUGUCACUAAUAUUGGGACCUUAAUCCGUUAUUUUCAUAUAGCUGCUAUAAAGAGUUAACAGUCAUACAAAAUAUCACUCGUGUUUUAAUUCAUUCUUGUACUGGAUAAUAUGAGGUGGUGUUAAGCCCUUUCAGUCCCAUUGGGACAAUGCGCCCCACUGCUUUUCAAAAAAAUCACAGUGGGGAUAGAAAUCGUAGCAAUUUGAUUUUAUUUAUAUUAGUGAAAGGGUUAAGGUGAUCCAUAAAAAAGUGGCUACUUACAUGGUGAAAAUUACAUAUUGUUAAUUAUAAACCUACUGUAUGUACAUUUUUAUGAAUGAAUGAACAUUAGAAUCUGUCGAAAUGCUGUUAUCUUUCAAACUAAAAUAAAAUAUGUAAAGAUAAGGAAUAUGCACAAGUUUGACUGUUUGAAUUUAUGCCAAAGAUUUUUUCCUUUUCCUAAUGUUUAUGUAAAUAUUCAUAAAACAUGCAUAAAUAUUUUAAAAUAUACAAAAAGUAAAAACUCUAUUGUGAAAAGACUUCAGAAAUCACUCUUAUACUUUUCAAGUAACCAUAAGAGUUUAGUAACAUUCUUGACCACGCAAGGAUAUGGCAAUAUAUAAAUAUUCACCUUGUAGUAAUUAGACAAAACAAAAACAAAAUAUUUUCAAAUUAUUUUUGUGUAUUUGGAUAUUUUCAGUUUUGAACAAGAAUAUCGGAAGUUAUGGUGUA